AUGGUCAUCUAUGGACAAGGAGGAGAAAAGGGUACUUUGUUUGAGGCCGAGGUUGACAAAAAACGGUACGAAGAGGAAGUCAAAGCGUACCAGGAGUCGACGGAAAUACAAGCCUUCAUGAAGAGAACGCAAUUGCAGUCUCUCAUUGAUUGGGAGGGUGAGGCAGCAGUAAGACAGAGAACACCGUGCCAGCGGCAACAGCUCUGCAGAAGUCGGACAAAACAGGAAGAGGAGGAGGAGGACCCUCUCUACUGCCCUGUCUGUCACCUGCGCUUCACGAGCGGCCACAACAGGCGCGAGCACGCGCUCGGACGCCAGCACCUCGCCACCAUCACGAGCGACUUCGAGGCGGAGAGCCGCGCCGUCGACCGCCGGCGCCCCCUGGCGGAUGCCGCCGCCGAGCCACCAUCGCCGCCGAGCGCAGAGGAGCACGCGCGGGCGAUACGGGAGCUUGCGCGCGGGCAGGCGCUCGAGGCGCGGGAGCUGCGGCUCAACGUGGAGCGGCUGAGGCACGUGAAGACGUGGCGGCUGGAGGAGGCGCGGGCGGCGCGCGAGGACGAGGCGAGGCUGGAGCGUGAGGUCGAGGUCGCGCGAGGUCACGGCGCGACGCUGCGCGCGCAGCUCGACGCGCUGCGCAUGGUGCCCACGCUGUUUGGCGUCAUCAACUUCUGACACGGUAGUGGUGGAUGAUGUGGCAGACGAGGCAACGGCAGCGGCGGAUGGAUCGGGGUUUUCGCUACGGCUGCCGCCACGGGCUCAGGGGCGCCUGUUUUUACUAGUCAGUGGCUGAGGAGUUAUCCGCAAGGAGUUAUGAGGAAGGAAUUAUCAUGAAGAGGUUAUCACCAAGGAGUUAUCAGGAAGGAAUUAUCAUUAAGAGGUUAUCAACAAGAAGUUUGAAUCAUGAAGAGGUUAUUAGUGAGGAUUUGUCAGCAUGGAAUUGUCACCAAGAAGUUAUCAGUAAGGAUUUAUUAGCAAGGAAAUAUCACCAAGAAGAUAUUAGCACUGAAUUGUGCCAGAAAAUUACUCGCAGGAGGGGAGGUUAAGGAUGUGAGGAAGGAAAAGUGGUGGGGGUAGAGGUGGUGAUGGAGGAAGUAGAGGUUGAUUAGGAAAAGACAAAUACAGGGGUUGUGGUGGUGGAAGGGGUAGAGUUGGUGGAUUUAGGGCAAGGAAAGGAGAAAUAUUGAGGUUGUUGAUGCUGUGAUCCUUUUCUUUCACCACCACUGCCUAAAUUAAACAUCCUACUAUCCUUGUUUAUUCAUUGCCUUUAUGACCAUCCCUCCCCUCCUCCAACUCCUCUACCCCUCCUUCCACCACUUCCUUUGCCACGAUUUCUCUCUUUGUAUUUCCCUGCCCUCAUCUACUUCCUUCACUUCCUCUACCCAUCCUUCCAUUACUUUAUUCACCUUACUACAGCUGCCCUUUCUGUAAAGUUCAUAAUUACAUAUCUCUUCAGCAGGCGCCAACUGUUGCUCUGUUUGCUGAAAAUCCAGCGCUUAUAUGUAAACAGUGAGUGCCCGUGUGUACGUUUCCACAUCUGCUGGUCGCUUUCUAUACACAUGCGUCCGGCUAAACAGCCCAAUAAAUGACAAAGUAAAUACAGGCGAUUAUGGAUACCUUUAUUUAUUAUGGCCGUAUUGGUGGCGUCUGCAUAUGCUUCGUAUUAGGUUAAUUGGGAUGCAUUACUUUCAUUGUUGAAUGCUGAACUGCCUACGUCACAGCAUCACUGUUUCUGCGCAAUAGUCUGGUACACCAAGCUGAUGUGAAAGACCAAAGGCUAAGCAACCAUAUGUUCAGCCAUAUGUUCACGUGCCACUCUUCCCAAUUUAUCAUAUAUUGAUAAUAUUGUUACUGAAAAUAUUUGCAGUUGAAAGGUUGUAUAUAUGGAAGCUAGUUACUUGCAAUACUCGUGUAUGCUUUACGCAUUGCAAUACUGCAAUGAAGCUAACUAUACCUAGCUUUUCUAUAAACAUCGCAUUGGUCUAAUUAUUGUUUGAUGUGUACAGUGUACAUACUAGCAGCUGCAAUAUAGACGAUAAAUUCACAGAGAUAUGUCUAUAAUAAUAAUUGUAUUUGUGUUAAAAUAUUGUGGUGGGGUACAUUAGAAUCCACAAAAUGUUUGGUGCAAGCACAACGGUCUAUAAGGUGUGCUAUACACUGCACUAUCAACACACACACAUCACUGCACUAUCAACACACACACAUAUAUAUAUUAUAUAUAUAUAUAUAUAUAUAUAUCAUAAUAUGCAUUUUCAUUAUAACCGAAGUCGCCCUGCACUGUGCAAGCUUGGGACCUAAUGUAGUAGAUAAUAUAUCCUUUUCACGAAAACUUUUUGCUGGUAAUAUAUUACAGUAAUGUCAGUAUAGCGAUUCUAUACCUGAUAAUUCUCUAUAAGUUUUAACGUACGUAUAUAGCACAUAAUGUCAUUUCCUUGCUGUUAUUAGUUAUUACUCUUUCAUAAACAAAAGGUUAUUGUCAAGUAAUGCAAAAAUCUUUUGCAAAGAUUACGAUACAUACGUUUAUUUAGAGGUACUUCAUAGUAAUUAUCCAUAAUAACUUAACUGCCGUUUAAUAUGCAUUUGCAGCAUAAGAGUUACAUAAAAGUGGUAAAUUGCGUAAACGACGUGAAGUGCGUUAGAAAUGUAAAGAAAUAUGUGGAUCCAAGAAGUACGCAAAGUGUGUACGCGUUGCAAUCGUUUUGAUAAGCAAUGUAUCUCGAAAUUCGAUGAAGAUCGCGAAUCUUUAAUCGAAGUUAAUAAUAAAAUUCGUAAUAUAUAUUUAUGUGAACAACUAUCUACACGUCUUGUUCGCACUCCCUCGGCGCAAAUAAAUGCCUCACUGUCGAAUCAGAAUCAGGAUAGCGGUGGCGCUGAUUCCCAGCAGUAGCAUGGACACAGGUGUCGCCUCUGGCGCUCCGUUACAGAGGUCCGUUGAGCAGUAGCAUCUGCGCGAUGAGACCUCGUCCAUGCACAUAUCCUCACGGCUGUCAGUCAGGCAGCCGCGUGUCACU